CGAAGAUGGCGAACGAACUGGAUAGAGUACGAAUCUCAGCAGCGGAACUUCGCGCAGAAGCUACAAAUUCAGUGCAAAUGGCCGAUCGUUUGAACGAGGAGCAACAGGAACGCAAAAAACACAAGCAGCAUAAGCGGCGUGAAGCGAAACGUCCUGAUCUGCAGCGUUACGAACCAGCUGCUGGACACGGACGCCGUCAUCAGGACAGCGAGGAAGGAGAAACUGGUCAGAGGGAUUCUCUAGACUCCAAAGCACAACAGAGUGAUCAUUCAUCGAUGAGUGGGAAAAGCAGAGUAUCUGAAGAUGAUAGAAAAGGGUGCACAGACCUCUUAGGUACCAAAAACAAGGAUGAGGACAGAAUGAGAGGUGAUGGCAGUAACAGCCUGAACUGUAAACAAGGCACCCCGACCAGGGGUAAAACCGAUGCAAACAGUGAAAAUGACAAAGAACAACAAGAUGCUUCAGGAGCUCCUAAACCUGCAAAGAAAGUCCGCAAGCCUGACAGAGAGUUCUAUCAACCAGGGAGCCGCAGGAACGUGCAGGGAAAGGACUGCAGUGUUGGAAGAGAGCUGGAUAAACCUUCUCCCAAAAAACAAGGGCUAACCCUGGAGCCAGAGUCUCACUUGAGUGCAGGCGAAGGGAACAGUAAAAAAUCAAUACCCAAGCAUGGAGGGAAAGAUAAGGUAAAAUUUUCUGACUCUAAUGAAGAAACUACAGAGCAAGGAAGACAAACUGUGGACCAAACAGUGGAGAAAAUUAUGACCAAAGUAGAAAGACUCAACAUAAAAGAGAAGGAGGAGGUUGGGGGUCCAAGUAAUAAUGUUGGAGAUGUAGCUUGCACAAGAAUAGAAAAAGAAAGGAGUGCUCAAGGUGGAGAAAACAAAUGCCAGGAGGAAAAGACAGAUAGAAAGGAGAAGGGUAACCGCCGGAGAAGAGGAGGAGAGAAGGAGAAAAAAGAAGAAAAUGAGACGCAUUUGGAAUCUAAACGAGAAGAGGAAGCUAACCAAAGUAGAAAGAACAAUCAGCGGAAACUUGAGAAGGAAAAAGACAAGAGAGCUCCUAAUAGUGACAGGAGAAAAUCUGAAAAACCAAGAGAGCCACACCACAGCAAACAAAAUGAUAAUCAUAAAAUAAAGGACAACAACAGCAACUUUAAAGACACUGAAAAAGCUGCUAAAACAGGGAGCCACCGCGACAGGGUUGUAGAAGAGCAUGAUAGACACAGAUCUAAUUCAAAAGCCACUACACCAAACUCAAAGAGAUAUUCCAAAUCAAACAUUCGACACUCCCGAAACAGAACUUACAGCAGCAGUUCAGCGAGCAGCGUAACCAGCCAAGAUCCCCCCAGGCGACACAUGGGUAUGGAAGGCGUCAAGUGGCCACGCCUCCCCGGGCAAAACAAUAAAGAGUUGGGGGAUAAAUGUGAAGGGCCAAGGAGACACUCUUCAACAGAAUCACUGGAUGGGAAUGAGGUGUGUGACAGAGAGGAAGCAGAUAGGAGGAGAAGGAGGAGAAAAAGUGUGGGGAAGGAAGAAAUUAGUGCAGUAAAACGAGGGGAGGAGUGGAAGACGUCAAACAAAAGUGGAGGGCGAGGAAUCCUUUGGGUUUCUUUAGAUAAUCAGUCACCUGUCGCAAAGGACAGCCCGGUCCCUCGUGGGAGGGGCCGGGGUAUCUUGGUGCUGCCAGCCCGCACAGACAUCUCCAACUCACCCGAGGUGGGGCAGAGGCUUUUUUCUGCCGGAACCCGUGGAGGAGCAGCUGGCAGGACCAGAGGUGGCCGAGGAGGAGGAGUGAGACGCCUCUGGGACCCCAACAACCCUGAACAGAAACCUGCUCUCACCAACACCCAGUCGUCCAAACACGCAGCACUUAAACAGCCGCUUUAUCUUCAGAGUGGGACGGGAUAUGGGCAGCUUCACUUUCUGGACACGGACGACGAGCUUGCCGGCAGCCCUCCGGUGGCGCAAGGGGAUCACUUCCAGUCCCAGCAGGCCGCUGCUAUGGCAUACUACAAAUUCCAAACCUCUGAUAACCCUUACUGCUAUCCCAUGGCCACCAACAGCCCGAACUCCACCACCGGCCAGCGCUAUCCUUACCCGUAUAACAUGGGGCCGUACCAAAUGGCUCACCCUAACGGUAUGUACCCGAGUUCGGGUACAAGUCAAUUCAGCGGGAGUUACAGGGGAGCAGGGUAUAGCCAGCCAGGCGUAUCAGGCGGGUUGACGUUUGAAGAGGAGCUGGGCAGAUUGCUGAAGGCUGCAGAUGCUCAUGAACUUCAGCUCAGUAACUUGAUCUCCAGGGACCGAGUGAGUGCAGAUGGCUUGGAUCGGAUGUCCCAGCUCAGAGCCGACCUUUUGGGGCUGUACGAGCGGAUCAUUCUGACAGACAUCGAGUUCUCCGACUCUCAGAAUGUGGAUCAGGCUCUGUGGAAGAACGUGUUCUACCAGGUGAUCGAACGUUUCCGGCAGCUGCUCAAAGACCCCAGCUGUGACAACACGCCUGACAUCAGGAACAUGCUGCUCACGCUUCUAGAUGAGGGAGCACUUUUCUUUGACGCGCUGCUUCAGAAGCUGCAAGCGGUGUACCAGUUCACAUUAGAAGAUUACAUGGAUGGCAUGGCUAUCAGGACCCGUCCCUUACGCAAAACGGUAAAGUAUGCACUGAUCAGUGCUCAGCGAUGCAUGAUUUGUCAGGGCGAUAUUGCACGGUACCGGGAACAGGCCACUAACUCUGCCAACUAUGGCAAGGCUCGCAGCUGGUACCUGAAAGCCCAGCAGAUUGCGCCUAAAAAUGGACGCCCCUACAACCAGCUGGCUUUAUUGGCAGUUUAUACAAAGCGGAAGUUGGAUGCUGUGUAUUAUUACAUGCGCAGUUUGGCAGCCUCCAAUCCCAUCCUGACAGCAAAGGAAAGCCUAAUGAGCCUCUUUGAGGAAGCCAAGCGGAAGGCUGAACAGUUUGAGCGAAGGAGGAGGCAGGAACAGGAAGGAGGGUCUCAGGGUCCAGCAGUGAAAGGAAGAAGGAAAUGGGGCGACGGCGCACGUGUGGAGAUUUGGAUCCGUCCCAGUGGCCAGACCACAACCCGGUCCUCACACAGAGGGGGCAGUGAGUCCAGCAGAGACUCGGAGCAGGAUGGAGAGCUGGGCAGUCUUACUGCUUCUGAGCUGAAUAAAAGAUUCAUUUUGAGUUUCCUGCAUGCACACGGAAAGCUCUUCACUAAAGUGGGUAUGGAGUCCUUCCCCGGAGUGGCGAGCCGUGUUCUGCAGGAGUUUAAGACUCUUCUUCAGCACGGACCUUCACUGCUCGGGUUUACAAACCUGCUGCAGAUCAUCACCAUCAACAUGUUUGCCAUAUACAACGCCCACAGCAAAGGUGAAGAAGGAGAUGUCCGGUCUGUUUUAUUAGAACAAAGCACAGCUUUAGGCCUGGACAUGUUUGCUUUGCUGGUGCAGCGAUGCACUGAACUUCUCAAGGAAACUCCUGCAGAAGCAGUACCCAUGACAGAUGGAGAAGAAGAGGGGAAAACUGAAGAGCUGCAGGGAAUGGUCAGAGUUUCUGCUUUCCCGCAGGACCUGAGAGAACUGCUGCCCAGCAUCAAAGUGUGGUCAGAUUGGAUGUUAGGACAUCCAGAAGAGUGGAACCCACCCCCAUGCAGUCUAGAGUGCAGUCCCGACGUUUGGCAGUGCCUUGCUGACUUUUGUAAUGCACUGGCACGUGUGGACCACGAGGAGAUGCUGCUGUACAAAGUGGAUACUGAUGAAGGCGAGGGAGACGAGGAACUGACUGUGCUUCAGUUGAAGGAGGACAAACUGCUUGCUGGCUUUGUACCUCUGCUGGCAGCGCCACAGGAGCCAUGUUACACGGACAAACACACCGACAUGGCUAUAGCAGCAGAUUGUAAAAGAGUGACGGUUCUGAAGUACUUCCUGGAGGCUCUGUGUGGACAAGAAGAGCCUCUGUUAGCCUUCAAGGGAGGCAAAUAUGUGUCUGUGGCAUCUUCUUCCUCACCUAACCACUCGGAAGAUACAAGGAGCAGGCAGGAUUCGUUAACAGAGAAAGAGUCUGAUGACGUCAUACUUGAAGCCGAGUCAUCUCUUUCUGGGUCAGAAGAAGAGGGGAAUUUUGAAGAGGCAGGAGAAAGUGAGAAUGACAUCAAGGAGCUAAAGGCGCGACGGCACGCCCUCGCUAACAAGCUGGCGCAGCAGCAGAAGCGCAGAGACAAAAUCCAGGCGGUACUGCAAACUGGUGGUCAGUUGGAACUGGAAGUCAGACCCUUGUUUUUGGUGCCAGACACCAAUUGCUUCAUUGAUCACUUGGACAGACUGAAGAAUCUCCUUCAGUGUGGAAUGUACAUAAUAGUUGUGCCUCUGAUCGUGAUUACAGAGUUGGAUGGUUUGGCUAAAGGCCAGGAGCCUUUUGGCGGCGCAGUAGGGACAGGAGGGCGGAGCAGCGGCAGUCGAGGCAACUACGCCAGCGUGGCCCACGUGCGAGCCGUGCAGGAACAGGCCCGCUCUGCAGUGGCUUUCUUAGAAAAAGGCUUUGAAGCCAGGGAGCCAUGCCUCAGAGCCCUGACCAGCCGAGGAAAUCAGCUGGAGUCCAUUGCCUUCCGUAGUGAAGACACCUCCGGACAACAGGGUAACAAUGAUGAUGUGAUUUUGUCCUGCUGUCUCCACUACUGCAAAGACAAAGCAAAAGAUUUCAUGCCUCCUCAGAGAAAUGGAACAGUGAGGCUCCAGAGAGAGGUGGUCCUCCUUACGGAUGAUCGCAACCUGUGCGUCAAGGCUUUGACCCGCAACGUCCCCGUGAGAGAUAUCCCGUCUUUCCUCAGCUGGGCUAAAGUGGGCUGAACCGGGAUCGAGAUGAAAGCAUAGGAACCUAGCUGAUGAAGCCUGCUUGUCACUCAGGAGAGAAGACGCAUUCAAAGCAGAAGAAGAAGAGGAGGAGAUAAGUGAGGAAAGGAAACGAUAAUGAGAACGCAAAGAACCACUUCUUGAGGAAUACAAGCAAAUAAAGAGCAGAGUGGUGUUGAUGAGCUGAUUCCCCCUUGUGAGGAAGUGUUUGCGUGUAUGUAUGUGUUAGGAUCACAGAGCUUCCCUUAUUGAGAAAGAGAGACUUAAAAGUCUGAUCGGUUGUAAGAGAAAGGCAAAAGCAGUAAAACUGAGUGAGUUGGUCUGUGGGUUGCUUCAGCCUCUGCAAGCAGGUUUCAGGAAUAAAACCAGAGAGGGUAACUGUCUAUAAUCACUUGCUUGAUUAAAAACAGCAGUAAUUAAUAUUAUACACUCUGCCUGCCUCUAAAGGCAGACCUACAGCAGACCUAUUUCCUGCUUGAACUGAUGAGCUUCUACAGCAGAGCUGAGGGGUGAAGCCAGACCUACAGCAGGAAGUAUCAGGGGAGAAUAAAGGGCUGAUUCCUGUUUGGGCUUCAUUGCGAGUCCAAAAUACAAACGCAGCACCUAGAAAGAAUCAAAUGGAGGCAGUGUGUGUUUCUUGCCUACCAGGAAACACGAGAUUCUUCUUUGGCAGCUUUCUUCAGCUUCAUGCUAAUAUGAAACCUUUGUGCUUAAAAAAAACAACACAAGGCGAUAACAAAAACAACAAAAAUCUUUUGUUUCACUUUUUUUAUCUGAUGUAUAUAUUUCCAACUUUUGGAUCUUGAUGAAAAGCAUCUGCAAAGUUUUUUUGUUUUUGUUUUUCAUGUAGAGAUUUGCAAAAAAAAAAACACUUUUUGCAAAUCACUCCCCUUUUUGAACAAUGCAAUUGGUGGAUUUAGUUGUUGGGAGUUUUAUUCCCAGAAAGACAUAAUAAAGUAACGUUAGCUUGAUUAUGAGGCCAUUUCUUAAUCAGAUAUAAUGAAAGGAAAGAUUUUUUUUUUAUCAACGAGGAGCAUUGCUGAAUAUUUCCAUGUAUUUAUUGUUCUUUUAUAUAUCUCUUUAGAAAUUUGUUCAUUUCAUAAUAAAUUCCUUUUAAUCAGCAUUGCCUGUUCAGAAUUAAGGCUGUAAUUUAGUUCUUUUACAUAUUAUUUUUUUCUUCUGGUAAAGGUAAAAUACACAUAAGUUGCAGUAAAUUUGUAGAAAUACAAAAAUGGGGAAAAUAAAAACCUUUCUUGAUUUGGUCAGCUACUAAAUAAUGAAGUUUUUUUCCCUUUUCAUUAAAUGCUUCAAAAUGAUCUAUUUUCAGUACAGUAUUUUUUUUUUUACUUGGUUUUACAAAAGCAGAGGUAAUAGACAUGGUUUUAAUGCUUUUUCUUAAAACCCAGAGUUAAUCAUGUUUUAGAUACAUGUCUGUCUCACCACCCCUGAUUUAAAUCAUUGCAUUAUUUCCUGCAUCUCAUCGUGUGCUGUGUAGCCUGUUAAUCGCUUAUUUAUUGAAAUUAGUUGUGCAGCACAAGGGAAACACCUAAAAAUGCCUUUAGGACUAUGUUUGAAAAACCCUGCAGCUAAAGUUGGGAUAAUCUUGGGAUUCCUUCAGGUAUAUUUUCUUAAUGCUUUUUAUGGCAAAAUAAAAUGAUUGGCAAGUAAAAGAAAUUCAAAAGGCAAGUUAUUGAUAUAUUACCUUAGUCUGCGUGUGUUUUCAUUUCAGUGACAGUGCAUGAGUCCUCCUUAGUUGUCUUCACCAUGUCAAAUUCUCACUCCCUUUUAAAGGUUAGUAGCAUGUAAUUUAAACUAUGUUGUACUGGAACUGAAUUUGUGGGACUUCCAUCAUUGACUCGUCUGUUUUUACUUCUGUGAAGCUUCGAGAAAGCUGUUUUCAUCGGUGUCUGUUGCGUUUGUGGUUCCGUGGCACGUUUCGUGUGGUGCAAAUAUAUAAAGCAACUAAACUGAACUUUCUUCAUCAAUAAAACUAAUUGAAAUAAA